AUGGAACCGACAACCACCAAGGUCGUCUUCUUUGACCUAGACGGCACGCUGUUCGACCACGACCACUCGCUGCGUCUUGCAAUAUCCACAAUGCAACUACUAUAUCCUAUUCUUGCGGGAAAGAAUGUGGAGGAACUGGUGGACAAGUACAACACCGCCCUUCAACAAGCAUAUGAUGAGUACCUGGACAAGGCGAUCACUUUCGAAGAGGCCAACACGCGGAAGGUCCAUCUUUUCUUCACAGCUCUUAGCCUGCCCAAACCCAGCCUUGACGAGGUCAACGAGUUUCGUGGUGGGUAUAAGACAAUAUACAGAGCCAAUCGAAGAGCAACACCAGGAAGCGUCGAGACGCUACUUAGAUUACGCAAGCAUGGAUAUCGAAUUUGCAUAAUCACCAACGGGCAAACGGAAGAUCAAGCAGCCAAGGCUGAGGCUAUCGGCAUACGCCAUCUAGUCGACCGCAUCAUCACCUCGGAGGAAGCCGGCUAUCAGAAACCCGAUCUGCGUAUCUUUCAAUAUGCCAUGCAACAACUCAACGCUUCUCCUCACGCAAUCAUGGUCGGCGACUCUGCCGACUCGGAUAUCAAAGGCGCGUUGGAUGCGCAGUUAACUGCCAUCAUGUAUUUGCCUACGACGCAGGAAUCCCAGCGGCUUCUAUUUGGACAACAAGUACCGGUCAUUCAGCACAUGAGUCAGCUCUUGAAGCAUUUUGACAUUCCGAGUACAACGCCAUCUAGCUUCAAGAGUGCCUGA